CAUCAUUUAAAUAUACUUUUAAAGGAUUCGAUUUGACGACCAAUCUUUUUUAUUAAUUCAGUUGCAAGGAAUGAACUUCUGGAUGUAAAUAAUAGACUAUUCAUAAACAUAUUAUUUUUUGUAAUAUUAUUUUCUUCACGACAAAUGUUUCCUUUUACGAGCUGAGGUAAUAUACCAUGAUCCGGCGGCCUGGUUGAAUAUCUGGGCUACCUGUUCCUUCGAUCUAGAUAUUUCUUCAAGUUAUCUGUUUUGUUGUUUGCUUUAGCACAUCAAUAUGUCUAUUGUGCUCACAAUCUAUUCGGGCGCGUUUAUGAAAAGUUUACAACUUUUCGCUAUACGGGAUACAGAAAAGUACAAUCAGCGACAUCAUGGUGGCUGGCAAUAUGCAAUGAAACGAAUGAACAUUAAUCAAAUGUGGAUUACCGAAUUCCUAACAUCUAACUGGUCAUUAUUCGAAAUUUAUCGUCACAAUCGAUCAAGAUAUAAGAAAAAGAAACUUGUUGAAAUACUUUAUGCUGAGAAUUCUAUGUUGUACCAAAAGUAUAAUGUUGAAUAAAGCUUCUUAUAAUAAUAAUAAAUAAUUGGGGAUAUUGAUAUAUAGUAGUAAUUUUGCUCUGGG